CGCGCCUGCGCGGUGGGGAGCUGCUCGCGGCUCCCGCUCGGCCUUGGGCUGGCUGCAGUCUCAGUUUGAGGGCGGCCGAAGUGGCUGGCUCGAUUAAGAUGAGGUUUCUGCUAGUUCUCCUGGUGGCGGCGUCGGCGGUGAUCCGGAGCGAUGCCUCGGCCAACCUGGGCGGCGUGCCUAGCAAAAGAUUAAAGAUGCAGUACGCCACGGGGCCGCUGCUCAAGUUCCAGAUUUGUGUUUCCUGAGGUUAUAGGCGGGUGUUUGAGGAGUACAUGCGGGUUAUAAGCCAGCGGUACCCAGACAUCCGCAUUGAAGGAGAAAAUUACCUCCCUCAACCCAUAUAUAGACACAUAGCAUCUUUCCUGUCAGUCUUCAAACUAGUAUUAAUAGGCUUAAUAAUUGUUGGCAAGGAUCCUUUUGCUUUCUUUGGCAUGCAAGCUCCUAGCAUCUGGCAGUGGGGCCAAGAAAAUAAGGUCUAUGCAUGUAUGAUGGUUUUCUUCUUGAGCAACAUGAUUGAGAACCAGUGUAUGUCAACAGGUGCAUUUGAGAUAACUUUGAAUGAUGUGCCUGUGUGGUCCAAGCUGGAAUCUGGUCACCUCCCAUCCAUGCAACAGCUUGUUCAAAUUCUUGACAAUGAAAUGAAGCUCAAUGUGCAUAUGGAUUCAAUCCCACAUCACCGAUCAUAGCCCCACCUAUCAGCACUGAAAACUCUUUUACAUUAAGGGAUUUUUUGCAAGAGCAGCGUGACUGACAUUAUGAAGGCCUGUACUGAAGACAGCAAGCUGUUAGUACAGACCAGAUGCUUUCUUGGCAGGCUCGUUGUACCUCUUGGAAAACCUCAAUGCAAGACAGUUUUUCAGUGCUGGCACAUUUUGGAAUUCUGCACAUUCGUGGAGUGCAAUAAUACUGUAUAGCUUUUUUUUCUUCCCCAGAUUCACUCAGUUGAUAGUUUUUAAAAAAUGUAGACAUUACUACCUGUACCUUUUUUUUCCUUAGUCAUACUUGGAAAAGUAGAAAAUUGAGUUACAAUUUGACUUUUUUUUCAAAGAUGUCUGUUAAAUCUGUUGUGAUUUUAUAUGAAUUUUCCUUUUUUAUAGUUUAAAAUUGAUCUUUUUGGGAAUACAGCUGAAGUUCCCAAAAACUUUAUAAGAGUUUAUCAGGCAUCUUUAAUUUGGUCAUGUCCAAUUUAUAUAGUUUUCAAAACACUGCAGAUUGUGAACAGUGCAUUAUAUGAGAUAAUGGGGGGAAAUCCUAUAUCUAGAGUACUCUACCAAUUUGUGUGUGUAUGUGCGUGUGUGCGUGUGUGAUUACCAGAGAAUUACUAAAAGACCAACUGCUUUUUAAAUACUGUUAUGUAGUUCAAGUGUCUUGCCUUGACCAAUCUAAUGAGUUGAUUAACUGGGCCUUUAUACCUAACUCAAUAAAAAACUAAGCGGAUGUAAGUUAAAUAAAAAGUUUGAAUUUA